GAGAAUUGUGAGGGCAGCUCUGAAAUAUCCCACCCAGUUAUCUCUUGUCUUUUCUGCCCCGAAGCGUGCACGUCGGGAACAAGGCUUCGAGGUCGGCCAAGUGACGUUCGUCGGCCAGGGUUGCAUUGGCGACGUUUCCGCCUUCAUAUCGAGGCAUCCGGCGGUCAUUGCAAAUCGUACAGUAAGUAAUCUGGUCUGGCCUACACCACCUUCGACAGCUCCUAUAACCCACUCCACAUUGCUUCAGCCUUGGCGCCUGCGAGCAAAUCCUCAGCCCGGCUUAUCCACCGUCUCUGGGACCUCCCUACGAAUUUGCACGUCCGUCCGCCGAGCGCCAGAGCCCGUCUGGCUAUCCCGGGAUUGCGGCCCCUCGAGCUGGGAACUGACCUCCCGAGAUUACAUGGGUUCCCCUAAGAUCCAUCCGCUGGACAAUACUCACCUCGAAUCAAUCACCAUAGUCUCUGGCUCUGCCAGGUGAGGCCCGCGAACAUGGGGUUUCUUGGCGUCUACAAGGCUCUUUACGACUACGUGCCUCAAGGAGAAUCCGAGCUUGCGAUCCGCGACGGAGACAUCCUCUAUGUGCUAGAAAAGAGCGGAGAGGACGACUGGUGGAAGGCCAAGAAGAAGGCGUCUGGAGAUGACGAUGACGAACCCGUUGGGCUGAUCCCGAAUAACUACGUCGAGGAGGCACGUCCGACCCACCAUGCGCGUGCGCUCUACGAUUAUACAAGGCAGACCGACGAGGAGCUCUCAUUUACUGAAGAUGCUCAACUGGAAGUCUUUGAUACAUCCGAUCCAGAUUGGAUAUUGGUCGGUCUCGAUGGGGAAUAUGGCUUUGCGCCUGCAAACUAUAUUGAGAUUCAAGAGCUCCCGUCAGAGCCUCCGCCACCAAGCCUUCCAAGGAGACCUACAGUUAGCGAAAAGGAUAGGUCCCAGCACCAAUCCGAACCAUCUCCAGUCCAGAGCCCAGCAGCAGCCAUAGCAGGUAUCAUGAACCAGCGGCAGUCGGCUGCCCCGGCAGCGCGUGCUCCUCCCCAAUUUACCCCUGAAGCCUCUGAUGAGGACGAAGGUCCGACACCAGCGCUGCCCGCUCGUCCAGUUUCGCAAGUCAGAGCCCCAGAGCCCAUCGAUACGUCUUAUACUCCGAAGUCCCCGACAUCGCCGCAUGGUGUCAUGGCCUCUCCACCGUACAACAGAGCUUCUUAUAAGGGGGGUGAGGAUGGAGCUCCGGUCCGUUCACAGGGAGGUUUCCAUAUGUACAACAUCAAUGAGAUGGUGUCCGUUAUGGGAAAACGGAAGAAGAUGCCAACAACUUUAGGUAUCAACAGUGCUACAGGAGUAAUCAUGAUAGCUCCUGAAAAAUCCCGGGAUGGUCCCGAGCAAACGUGGACCGCCGAGAAAAUGACACAUUAUUCGAUCGAAGGCAAGCACAUCUUCUUAGAACUAGUGCGUCCUAGUAGGAGCAUUGACUUUCAUGCUGGGGCGAAGGAUACAGCUGAAGAGAUCGUGGGCGCCCUUGGAGAGCUUGCAGGGGCUGUAAGAGCUGAAGGACUACGGGAGGUAAUACUUGCAGGAUCUGGCCAGAGCCAGAAGAAAGGGCAAGUGCUAUACGAUUUCAUGGCACAGGGAGACGACGAGGUUACCGUGGCAGUUGGGGACGAGGUUAUAAUUAUCGACGAUUCGAAGAGUGAGGAAUGGUGGCAGGUUCGACGUAUCAGGAAUGGCAAGGAAGGAGUUGUCCCAAGCAGCUAUAUCGAGAUCACAGGGACUAUCGACGCGCCCACUGUAUCCGGUAUUAAUGCCGGAAGAUCGACUGUUGCGCAGAACAGGCUCGAGGAAGAACGACUGGCAAAGGAGUCUGUGAGGGCGUCACGAAGAGAGGAAGAGAUGAGGGGGUCAGAGGUAGGCCCCGGAAUGCGAUUACCCGAAAGGGGAAGCAGUUUAAUGGCUGGAGACAGCGGUAACAUUCAUGGCCAACAGAGACGUGAACACGGACGAAGUGAUAGUGGUCAGGCCCGAGCUUCGAAGUCAAAACCCGAUCCAACCAAAGUACGAACCUGGACCGAUCGUUCAAAAACCUUCAGCGUCGAAGCGCAAUUCUUAGCCUUGAAGGAUGGCAAGAUCAAUCUUCACAAAGUCAAUGGCGUCAAGAUUGCCGUGCCGGUCGGGAAGAUGUCUGUUGAAGACCUGGAAUAUGUCGAACGCAUCACCGGAGAAUCCUUAGAUAAUGACAAGCCACUACUAGAUAGGAAACGAUCUCGCCCGGGUGAACGCUCCAGAGACGACUCUUCCAGAAUUACUGCUGGUGCUACCAUUGAGAGGCCCAAGAAGCCGGAGUAUGACUGGUUUCAGUUCUUCCUGUCCUGCGAUGUCGCUGUUGGGCUCUGCGAACGGUAUGCACAGACAUUCGCCAGGGAUUCAAUGGAUGAGAGCGUACUAUCCGAUGUUGAUUCGACUGUCCUCCGGACACUUGGACUGCGUGAAGGAGAUAUUAUCAAGGUGAUGAGGUUCCUUGACAAGAAGUUCGGGCGAACUGGAAACAAACGAAAUGUUAGUUUCGGUGGGGAAGAAGUCAUUACUCCAGACGGUGAAUCUCCCGCUGGUCUCUUCUCUGGACCUGGUGGCACUUUGAGAAAUAACACUCGGAAAGGUCGUCCAGCACCUGCUGUGCAGACUAGCGAUGUGGUUGAUCCCAAGGCCUUCUCUCAGGAAACUCCGAAGUCAGCAACCCACGAAGGUGUUGCUACACCUAUUGCCUCUGCCCCUGUUCCGGAAAAGAAGGACCCCGUUCGAAACGGAUUUGACGAUGACGCCUGGGAUGUAAAGCCUUCGAAGCAACAGCCAGCGGCGGCACCUAGCCCAGCAACAUCCGCACCAGCUCCCGCUCCUGCUGCGGCUCCGGCUCCGGCCCCCGCUCCUCAGCGGCCUACUUUGACUGGCUCGAUGCAGGAGUUGUCCUUACUUACGGCGCCUCUUGAGCCUGUAAAGGCACAACCUACGGCGCCACCAGUCUCACAACCCCAAAUCAUGCAAACUCCACAGCCGCAGCCGCAGCCACAGCAACAGGCUCCACCAGCAGUUACGCCGUCGUUCUUCCAGGGCAUUGGUGGGCAACAAACGGGUCUGCAACAGCAGCAACAGAAUACUACACCAACACAGUUUACCGCCCAAACAAAUUUCCCACAGAACAUUGCUCGCCAGAGACCUGCCGCUCCGCAGCUUCAAACUCAGUCCCAGGGGUCACUCAUGAUUCCCGCUCCUCCCAACCGACCUUUAUCAGCGCCGCAAGUAAAUCAAAACAGCGGCUUUGGUUUGCCUCCUCUCCAACCCCAGAGCACAGGCAUACAAAACUCAAGCGGAUUCCAGUCUCAGAUUGCUCCGCCAGGUCAGAGUUUGGAGGAGUUGAGAAUGCGUCAGCAGUACACUGGUUUCAACAACCCGCAAAAUGGCAUGCAGAACAUGAAUAUGAUGCCACAGCCUACCGGCUUCCAAUACAAUGGGAUGCAGCAACCAAACCAACAGCAGCCCAUGCAGCAACAACCCAUCCAACAGCCGAUCCAGCAACAACCAAUCCAACAGCAGCCAAUCCAGCAGCAGCCUAUUCCGCAGCAACCAAACAGCUUUCAAUACAAUGGGAUGCAGCAACCAAACCAACAGCAGCCAAAUGGAUUUCAAAACCCUCUGCAAACUGGUAUGCCGCAACAGCAGUUUAUUAACAAUGGAAGCCCAUUCUCCGAUCCUCGACCUCAACAAUUUGCACCCCUUCAGCCGCAGCCCCUUCAGCCACAGUCUACAGGAUUCCAAAGCUCGUUCGGGCCGCAGCCACAGCAGCAAUUCCCGCAACAGACUGGAAUCAACUCGUUCCUGCCUCCUGCUCUACAGCCUACACCCACAGGUAUACAGAGCAAUGGCUUCAAUUCAACCUUCAACCCGCCUCCAGUUCCUCCCAUCCCUCAACAGACUACCCCAAUGCCCCUCGUCCCUCAAAAGACCGGUCCACCUCCACCAGUGAGAUUUGGAGUUACUGGCGAUACAAAGAAGCUCAUGCCCCAGGCCACAGGGCGCAGAGCAAAUUUGGCUCAAGCUACUCCGCAAAACCCCUUUGGUUUCUAAAUGGCGAGCCUGUAUAUUCUUCCCUGGCUGGCGAAUGUUUCUUCUGUAGAAUAGGCAUAGCUAGGCAUUGAGGUGUCAAUAGUUUCGGAAACCCUUGCCCGUGUCCUCUGCUCGGUUUUGCCGGUUGCCUAGGGCUGUAAAUUUUAUCUUAAUGCAUGAACAUUGCCGUCCCCUUUGUUUCUUCUUUUUCCCAGAGACGGCUAUGAGAAUGGGGAUCAAUCACGGGUUGCAUGUCUUCUUUAGCGUCCAAAUGUCCAAGAGCAAAUGAUAAAUUUCCCAAGUCUUUCCGCGACGAUGAUGUACAGCUGCAUUUAAGUUCCCUUUCCCCCGCAGCAAUAGAAAGAAGUAUGCAUAUAAAAUGAAUCAAGAUGCCU